AUGCCUUCUAAGAAACAAAGGCAGCAUCACUGCCCGGUGUGUACGCUCGUGGGCAAUGUACGCUGCCUCAAGAAGCAGCACUGGCGCCCAUGCGAGAUCCACGGCAAAAGCGGCCAUCAUGGAGAUUUUUCGGUCUGCGUGAAGUGUGACGGAAGUGAGAAGCGCGCAGAGAAGGCAGAACGGAUUGAACGUCAGAAGGAGAGGGAGGAGCAGGAGAGACUCCGAAAGGAAGAAGCCGAACGGAAGAAACGUGAGGCGUACGAGGCGAAGCGGGCCGAGAAAGAGAAGGCUCGCCAAGCGAAGCAUGAAAGUAAAGAUGCGAAGAAGAAGGAGGAAAGAUGA